GGGGCCAAAAUGGAACGUUGCCCUGUUACUCCGUGUUCUGUAUAGAAUCUCAGGGUUCCAGGGAGAGCAAGCAUUCACAGCCUUACUGGGGCAUAGUCUGAGCACCCGCUGGGCACUGCCAACAUGCUUUGGGCAGCCAAUCAGUUUAUCAGAAAGUUCUCCACCGCUUCGAUCUACUACCAAAAUAAGUUAAGGCUAGCCCUUAUAGGUCAAAGCCUUUUCGGCCAGGAGGUCUAUAAUAAUUUGCGCAAAGAAGGACAUAAAGUUGUUGGAGUAUUCACUAUUCCAGACAAGGAUGGGAAGGCAGAUCCCCUGGCGGUGGCUGCAGAGAAAGAUGGAACACCAGUAUUUAAAUUUCCCCGGUGGAGAGUAAAAGGAAAAUCUAUCAAGGAAGUAGUAGAUGCAUAUAAGUCUGUAGGAGCUGAGCUGAACGUUCUCCCUUUCUGCUCACAGUUUAUUCCCAUGGAUGUCAUUGACAACCCUAAACAUGGCUCCAUAAUCUACCAUCCUUCUAUCCUCCCAAGACACAGAGGAGCAUCUGCUAUCAAUUGGACUUUAAUUCACGGAGAUAAGAAAGCUGGAUUUUCUGUUUUUUGGGCUGAUGAAGGUCUGGACACUGGGCCAAUACUACUGCAGCGAGACUGUGAAGUAGAACCCAAUGAUACAGUAGAUACACUCUACAAUCGCUUUCUGUUUCCCGAGGGGAUCAAAGCCAUGGUGGAAGCGGUACAAUUAAUUGCAGACGGUAAAGCUCCUCGAAUAGGCCAGCCAGAAGAUGGCGCUACUUAUGAAGGAAUUCAAAAGAAAGAAAAUGCAAAAAUAUGUUGGGACAACUCUGCUGAGGCUAUCCACAACUGGAUAAGAGGACAUGACAAGGUUCCAGGAGCAUGGACCAUAAUUAAUGGGCAAACAGUCACAUUGUUUGGAUCUUCUUUGCUGCAAGGUUCUGUGCCGGCUGGGGAAACAUUACCCAUUGAUGGAGCUUCAAAACCUGGUCUCGUCACAAAAAAUGGACUUGUCCUUUUUGGAAAUGAUGGAAAAAUGCUAAUGACCCGGAACCUUCAGUUUGAAGAUGGUAAAAUGAUCCCUGCUUCAAAAUACUUCUCCACUGAUGACGCGGCAGCUCUCGAGCUCACGGAGGAGGAGAAGGCAAUGGAGUCAGAGAUUAGGAACAUUUGGAAAGCAAUUCUAAGCAAUGUUGCUGUGAUUGAGGAUACUACAGACUUUUUUAAAUCUGGAGCAGCAUCUAUGGAUGUUGUCAGGUUAGUAGAGGAGAUCAAACAGAAAUUUGGAGGACUAGAAGUCCAGAAUGAAGAUGUCUACAUGGCGACCACAUUUCAGGAUUUCAUACAGAUGGUUGUAAGAAAAUCAAGAGGGGAAGGAAAAGAGGAAUUAAUAAUCGAUUACGUUAUAAAAGACGUUAACAAUAUGACUGUGAAAAUGCCUUACCAGUGUUUUAUUAAUGGACAAUUUGUGGAUUCAGAGGAUGGAAAAACAUACGAUACCAUAAACCCAACUGAUGGUUCUGUAAUCUGCAAAAUCUCGUAUUGCUCGGUUGCAGAUGUCGACAAAGCCGUUUCUGCAGCAAAAGAUGCUUUUGAAAUUGGUGAAUGGGGUAAAAUGAAUGCGAGAGACCGAGGCAGGAUACUGUACAGACUUGCUGACCUUAUGGAAGAACAUCAAGAGGAGCUGGCAACGAUCGAGGCAAUAGAUUCAGGAGCAGUGUAUACACUGGCACUAAAGACCCACGUGGGAAUGUCAGUACAAACCUUUAGAUACUUCGCUGGUUGGUGCGACAAAAUUCAGGGUUCUACGAUACCAAUAAACCAGGCUCGUCCUAACCGCAACUUGACAUAUACUAAAAAGGAACCACUUGGAGUCUGUGCUAUUGUCAUUCCUUGGAAUUACCCUCUGAUGAUGCUGGCUUGGAAAAGCGCAGCCUGUUUAGCUGCAGGAAACACGUUGGUUCUGAAACCAGCACAGGUCACCCCUCUGACAGCUCUAAAGUUUGCAGAACUGGCAGCUAAAGCUGGUGUACCCAAGGGUGUGAUCAAUAUCCUGCCAGGAUCAGGUGGUCUUGUAGGACAACGCCUGUCUGAACAUCCAGAUAUUCGCAAACUUGGUUUCACUGGUUCUACGCCAGUCGGUAAACAGAUCAUGAAAAGCUGUGCUGUCAGCAAUCUGAAAAAGGUUUCUUUGGAACUUGGUGGAAAAUCUCCUCUUAUCAUCUUUAAUGACUGCGACCUUGACAAAGCAGUUAGAAUGGGUAUGGGAGCUGUGUUCUUCAACAAAGGAGAGAACUGCAUUGCCGCUGGGAGACUUUUUGUUGAGGAAUCCAUACAUGAUGAAUUUGUGAGACGAGUGGUGGAAGAGAUUAAGAAGAUGAGGAUUGGUGAUCCUUUGGAGAGGUCUACAGACCACGGGCCACAGAACCACAGAGCCCACUUGGAAAAACUGCUGGAAUAUUGUGAAACUGGAGUGAAAGAAGGGGCCACACUGGUGUAUGGGGCCAAACAAGUACCUCGACCAGGAUUCUUUAUGGAACCAACCGUAUUCACCAAUGUUGAAGACCACAUGUAUCUUGCAGAAGAAGAGUCCUUCGGUCCCAUAAUGGUUAUUUCGAAGUUUAAAGAUGGAGACAUCGAUGGAGUGUUGGCACGAGCCAAUAGAACAGAAUAUGGACUAGCAUCCGGCGUCUUUACACGUGACAUAAGUAAGGCCAUGUAUAUCAGUGACAAACUUGAUGCUGGAACGGUUUUUAUUAACACCUACAACAAGACAGAUGUUGCAGCGCCGUUUGGAGGCUUCAAACAAUCUGGAUUUGGCAAAGAUUUAGGUGAAGAGGCCCUCCAUGAAUACCUCAGAACAAAGGCCGUCACAGUGGAAUAUUAAUGUGAAUCACUACCCAGGCUGUCUAUCUGGGACUUUUCAUCGAUGCCCAGAUUUACAGAAAACUACACCACACACGCAGAGGUGCAUACGCACAAUUUGUACCAGCUAAAAUUUACCUGGACAGAAACAUUAAAUGGA